AUGCAGUGUAGAGUAUGUUUGAAGCAGUGUGAUAACGAUAAAUGUGCAACUCUCUUUCAUUCUUUCAUAAACGGCGUGAUGGUUGGAGAGCUGUUGAAUGAUUUGUUCGCUCUUCAGAUAUCCGAAGAUGAUUCUUAUCCACAAACCAUCUGUGAGCAAUGCCACAUUGAGCUUCAAAUAGUGUCGAUCUUUCGAGAUAGGCUUCUGGUGUCUGACAAAACGUUACGCACAUUGACUCAGCUUGGACAGGCUGCAAAAUACGAAGAGGCAUUAGUUGAGGAAUCCGUUGCAUCAUGUACAGCAAGUACAGCUACAUUGGAAUGGACGGAACAAGACUCAACGAUGAUUCAGUUACCAACUACCAGUUGUAGCGAUUGUAAAAAGCGGAUAUACGAGACGGAACCAACCUAUCUGUUUCAGCAGAGCUGCCCUUCUGGUGGCAUUUCGAACAAAGUGCUCUGUCAGACAUGUUACCAAUGUAUACCAACUGGCCAAGAAGACACGAAGGCUGCAGUGGAGGAAAAUAGCGCCGAAGCAAACCUCGUUAUAUCCCCUUUAACACUCCAAUCACAGCCAUCGGAACCAUCAGUUGCUGAUUCAAAAUCAUAUCGCUUUUGUUGUGUGACACACUGUUCAGAGAAGUUUACCGAUGAGGCAGCGCUGGUAAAGCACACAACAGAUUUCCAUGCGAUAAAAGUUCGCAAAAAUCGCGAAAAUCAAGAACCUGGGAGACCGUUCAAGUGUAACAUAUGCUGUCGAGCGUUUGCAUCAUCCAAAAACUUGCGCGUUCAUCAGCUGGUUCGAUCGAAUGUGUAUCAUCGGAAUUUCACAUGCAGCACAUGUCCUUUUCGAGCCGGCAGCUUGGCAGCCCUAACCAUCCACGAACGGUCCCAUACCGGGGAGCGUCCGUUUGAGUGUGAUUUGUGCGAGAAACGAUUUUAUUCCGAAACGCUACUAAAGUCACACCAAGUUUGUCACCGAGACGAACGACCAUUCGAGUGUUCGUCCUGCGCGAAAAAAUUCGCACGCAAACGAAACAUGAUGGAGCACUUUUGGUUGUGCCAGUCGGACGAAAAACCGUAUCCAUGUGAUGAUUGUAGCGCACGGUUUAAAACGAUGCAGCACCUUAGGUUGCAUCGACGAUUGCAUACGGGCGAAAAACCGUACACGUGUAGCCUGUGUCCUAAAAGCUUUCACUACAUUAACGAUCGCAAGCGACACGAACUAUCGCACGUGGGAGCUAAGCCGUAUCAUUGCCAGACAUGUGAUGCAUCGUACACUCGGAAGUAUGCACUUUCCAUCCACGAACGGACACACACGGGUGAGCAACUCGUGUUUGGAUGUACAGAUUGUGGAAAACGGUUCUCUCAAUCUGCUUUGUUGAAGAGGCAUGUAGCGCGGCACAAAAGUGGUGAAAAUAAUGUUUUCAAUAGGCAGCAGAAUAGUUCAGUAGGACGUAAAAGUCGAUCGAAAAAAUCGGAAUGA